ACAUUUCUUCUGCACCACCGUCACCGCAAUCGCACUCGCCUGUUAUACCUCCCCUUUCCGGAGUUCUACAACGGCCUGCCACUACCCGCGCACACAUCCACCCAUACAUACCGCCAUCUGCCUGCAUACGCAAUAUAAGACUCCGAGGCUGUAGGCUGUCGGGAUCCCGCAUAAAGGAACAUCGCAGAUGGGCAGCUGGGGCGUUCUUCCAUCGGCCAAGCAUCACAGAUGAGCCCUCCGAUAGACCAUCGCGAUGGGUGUAUUCGGUGACCUCUCCCCUGGAGGCACCAUUGCGAUUGGUAUCAUAGUCGGCCUGAUAUCUACGAGCGUACAGUCCCUCGGCCUCACCCUGCAGCGCAAGUCGCACAUGCUCGAAGAUGAGAAGGGUCCGCACGAAGUACAGAGACCCCCAUACAGGAGACGCAGGUGGCAGCUGGGAAUGGGCAUGUUCAUCAUAUCCAACGUGUUAGGGAGCUCCAUCCAAAUCUCCACACUGCCUUUACCAGUUCUAUCCACCCUACAGGCCGCUGGCCUGGUCUUCAACUCGGUAUGCGCCACCUUGAUACUGGGCGAACCUUUCACGAGGUGGUCCUUCUACGGGACCGCCCUCGUCACUACCGGCGCGUCUUUGAUCGCCAUCUUCGGCGCGAUCCCUUCCCCGGCACAUACCCUGCCAGAAUUGCUAGAGUUGCUCGGCGGCAAGGCUUUCAUCGUCUGGAUGUCGCUCCAGGCCGUCGUUGUCAUCACACUCGCAGUACUAAUCGAACUGGUAAACCACCUUAGCAGCCUCUCCCAGGCCCCUUGGUUCCGCCUCGCCCGAGGUCUCGUCUUCGGCUGCAUCAGCGGCAUCCUCUCAGCCCACUCUCUGCUGUUCGCAAAAUCCGCCGUCGAGCUUAUCUUGGUGACGAUCGCAGACGGCGACAACCAAUUCGUGCACUGGGAGUCGUGGGUUCUGGUUCUGGGACUGGUCUCGGUGGCUUUGAGCCAGCUGUAUUACCUUCAUCGCGGACUGAAACUUAUUUCUACCUCCGUUUUAUACCCCCUUGUAUUUUGCAUUUACAACAUCAUUGCUAUUCUAGACGGUCUGAUCUACUUUCGCCAGACGGACCUUAUCACGCCCCUGCAUGGCGGGCUCAUUGCGCUAGGCACCGUCAUCUUGCUCUCCGGCGUCCUGGCGCUUUCGUGGCGUCUCAGCGACGAACAGCACCAGCCGGCUGUUGGACAGUCGAGCCUCACCCCGGGGCUUGGCCUCGUGGACGACACCGAAGGAGAAGAAUCGUCGCCCACGGACACUGAAUCGGUCGCCGACGUCGACGAGUCGGUGCCUCUUAUAUACAACACGUUUACGCCAAAUGGCGAGAGCACCCCUCUUACGCCGGGCCACAAGCUGCCGAGCCGCUGGCACGAGCGCGCGGAAAUAUGGGGCGAAUUGGAAGACCGGGACGGAUCAAAGUCGCCGUCAUUCAAUAGGACUAGGUCGAGCACCGCGCCCGGCGGCCCCUCCAGCAGCGAGGCUGUACCGCUGCUAGGCGCCAAGAGGGCCGUGUCGGGAGAAAUGACAGUAGCGUCGCCAAGCACGAUAGAACGAGGCAGUGGGGCCGAGUCACCGCGAAGGUUCUUCCAGAGGCGACGACGAAAGUCCACAGGGUUCCCAGGGUUUACGGCACGGAAGCACGCACGGAGGAAGAGCUCAACUAGCGGCGGCGGCAGCGGGGUCCAACAGGAUGCUCUGGGCGGGGUCUGGAAGCUUAAGUGGUGGCGGCGGGGGAAUGGGCGACCGUACACGAGUGGCGGCCUCGGCUUCAGGGGCGCGGAGGAGGUAGCGGUGAUGAGCAACAGUAGCCUCCUGCCACCGGAGAGCGGGGUUGACGGAGGUAACAGGGGCGGGGAAAGCAGCCAGCGGGCACAACAACAGUCAUCAUCCUCGUGGUCGUGGAAUCCGUCGAAGUGGCGUCGCCGGGAAGAGAGAGGCAGCGGGCCGUCCGGCCGGUCAAGAGCGCCGGGGAGCGACGAUGCUGUCUGAUAGGAAAUUGUAACACCUUCGAAUGAUGUCGGUUUUAGCAUGUACCUCCCCUGCCGGGAUGUGCACCCAACCCACCCUUGUGUAAGCUAGAGAAUCCCCGGGUCAGGUCUAGAGAUCAGCAUAUAUACAUUGGAGAGGUGGGAUAU